GCCACCACGCGUCUGUUCGGGAAUCGGAGGAGAGGUGGCGCUCGGGAGUGUGGGCCGGGCCGAGGAAACGGCCCGCAGGCCCGAAACCCAAAGCCCUGGCUGAACAGCGAUGGUGUCGUUACUCAAGAAAAAAAAAAGCGAUGGUGUCAGUGUCAGGCACCUUCAAAUACCCCGCCUUGGCGUUGGCGCCCGGCGUAACCGCCUCAACCAACAGCCAACAGACAGAGCUCGCCGGAGCCCCAAGAAACCCCUCCUCCCGCCACCGCGCAGCAGCGCCCACCGCCGGCGACCGAUGGACAAGUUCCACGACAGGCAGUACGUGUGGCUGCGGAGCCGCGUGCACGGCAAGUACCUCCACGCCAACAUCGACGGGAAGAGCGUCUCCCUCCACCGCCGCCGCGCGGCGCUGAGGGCGGCCUGGGCGGUGCACAUCCACCAAGGCGACGCGCCCGAGCCGUACCUGCUCCUCUACAACGCCGCCAACGGCCGCUACCUCGCCGCCACGGCCACGCGGGCGCCGCCCGGCCACAUCGGCUUCCGCGCCGAGCAGCGCGACUACGACCAGCCGCAGUUGCAGGCCGUCAUGUGGCUGGCCGCCGAGACGGGAUUCAGGGACGACGUCCUGCUCCGCAACGCCGGCGGCCGCUACCUCCGCGCCAACGGGAAGUACACCGGCAAGUACCUACGCUUGAAGAACGUCACCGUCGACGGCAUCAACAACGUCAGCACCAUGAUGUACUGGACCGUCGAGCCUAUCCCUCUCAGAGACCCGAACAGUCCGCUAGGCCUAGCUCCUCCGACUCUGGGCCGCAGACCCCGAGAACUCCCCGACAUGCUGGGACGCGAGCGAGGGGUGCGGCGGCUGAUCCGGUUCGUGCGAGCGAGCGCCGAGGGGGGCUUCGCCGAGGACGGCUGGUCCGAGUUCCAUUUCACGGGGAGGUCCGUGUACGAGCUGAGGAACGAGCUGUACAGCCGCAUCGGCCCCCACCGCCACCCCCACCCCGACAUCCUCCCCUUCGACAUCGUCAUGUGCGUCCGAGCGGGCCGCUACGGGCGUUUGAUCCCGCUCGUCGUCAACCUGCCCCACGGACGCAACGGCGAGACCCUCCAGAUUGUCCUGUGCCUGUCCAGGACCCCUGCCUAUGGUAGGCUGCGAUACCCGGAUGUCCACGCAGAGUAGAGAAAGAACGGAGCAGGAGUCCUGACAGUUCAACUCCUCAGAAUUUUGGCUGCCUCGGACACAAUGACAGCAGAACUAGACACCUACUUUUACAUAUAGAUUGAUAUAGGUCGAGAAAACUUAUCAGCUCUUGUGUUUCUUCUGCUAGCUAAAACUUGCACUGUUUUGAGUGUUACUCGCGGUUCUAUGAUUCAGAACUGCUGGGAUCGUUGCCUCCAACUGUUCGAGUGUUGCUCUUCUGGCAUUCAUCUCUGUGGUGCUUCCUGGAUGAAGCAUUUACCUGUAGGGGUUCUUGCUAUGGGUUGAUGAUCUUCCAUUUCUUUUCUGGAUGAUGAUGCACUUCGUAUAAAUGAAAAGGCAGUGGUUC